AUGCAGGAGCCAAGCAAAUAUGACAACCCGGGCUUCUACGAUGGCUUCCCAGACCAAAGGCAAGACCAGGGCAAUCCUCCUCCACCUCCAUACUACCCUCAGGCUCCUGGGCCCCCUCCACCAGGGUCAUACUACCCUCCGGCUCCUGGGCACCCUCCGCCAGAGUCAUACUACCCUACGGCUCCUGGGCCCCCUCAGCCAGAGUCAUACUACCCUACAGCUCCUGGGCCCCCUGCACCUGGACCGUACUACCCUACAGCUCCUGCAUCGGGACCGUACUACCCUACGGCUCACGGGCCGCCAGCUUCCGCGCCGUACGGCCAGCCGUACUACCCAGGGGCCCCUGUCCCUCAGCAGCCUCUCAUCUGCCAGCAGAGCACCAACGUGGUGGUGGUGAACCCCCAGUCGGUCAGAAUCAUGCCAAGGCACAAAGACUACAUGUGCUGGUCCAUCAUGAAUUUUCUGUGCUGCCUUUGGCCCCUGGGGUUAAUUGCCAUAAUCUUCUCCUGCAAGACGCGAUCUGACAACGACGGAAAUGACGAAAGCGCGGCCCGUUGCAGCUCCAAGGCGGCUCUGUCCCUGAAUAUCGCCGCUCUGGUCCUCGGAGUGAUCAUGUACAUUAUUAUUGGCGUGAUUAUGUCCCAGAGGUAUUAAAUGGUACUUGA